AACAGCGAAACCACUAUCCUAUUUUUAGACAAACACUGUUCGACAUUUGACAUUAGCAAAUCGCGAAUGUCAAAAAGUUUCCGACUGUCAGUUAACCGUCAACCUCUUAGCGAGUACAAGAAAUUACAUUGAAUAUAUUCCAUCUGUUGCUUUUUAUAGUAUUUAAAUUGUGUUCACGAAAAUGAUUUUAGUUUCAGCCGUUGAAAAAUAACCAUGCGGCAUCUUUGCUUUAUUUCCAUCUAACGAUCGAAUACACAUUUAAUCAUGUACUUCGACAAUACCGGGCUAGCCGUAGUGGGCACUCCGGAAAAUGCGGGAUUAAUGGGAAUGGAAGACGAGUAUCUACAAAGCCACUGCAUUUUCGUCGACGGAGGAGACCGAUUCGGAGUUUCUGCCCUUACAUUCGAUAAACACGAAGAGCUCUUAUGGAUGGGCAACCAGGGCGGUCACGUUACAUCCUACAUAGCACCGGGCCUAUCAAAAUACACUUCGUUUCAAAUACACCCGACAGAAGAAGUGAGGCAAAUUCUAACGCUAAACGAGGGAAUCCUCGGCCUCACGGCCAGCACCUUACGAUACCAAAUCCGCCGAGGGAUACCCGUCUACACCCACACUUCGGCCAACAUGAACGAGAUGCAGUGCAUAUUGCAAAUGUCUCCGAGCCGGUUCUUGCUCGGCAGCCAUCAGCACAAGCUGAUCGAUUUCAAUCUGAGCGUAGGCAAAGAAACCGUCGUGACGGAAGUCGGAGAUGGCUGCGUGAUGUUGAGGCCGCACAGUCGGUUCGUUUGCGCGGGGAAUCCCCUGGGCAGGAUAGACCUUCGAGAUCCGAAUACGUUGAAAGUAGAGCAUCGAAUCGAUACUCACAGCGGUAGCUUGAGCGAUUUCGAUGUACAAGGGAAUCUAUUGAUUACUUGCGGAUUUAGUAACAGACACACCGUGUUGGCUGUAGAUCGAUAUUUGAUUGUGUACGAUUUAAGAAUGCUGAGAGCGGUAUCUCCUAUGCAGACCGUAUUAGAUCCGUUCUUUCUCAAAUUCAUCCCUUCUAUCGCAUCCUCUCGAUUAGCCGUGGUGUCCGUAAUGGGACAAAUUCAGCUGUUGGAUACCAUCGCGUUGGCGGAACCCAAAUUGUGCCUCUUCCAAAUGGAGAAUCCAGGCGCGAUGUGUUUGACGUUCGACAUAUCGUCGAGCAGCCAAAUAAUGGCGUGCGGUGAUAACUCGGGGCACAUUCACGUGUUUUCGCAUUCGAAAGCGACCGAUCACGUCGUCAAUACGUAUUCGAGACCGUCGGAAAUGCCCGACACGCCGAGCAUCUAUCCCAGUUUCGGCAUCAACGAUUUCAAUACGCCGCUGUCGGUGAUUCCCAUGCCGAUCGUACCGCCGGAGAUACCGCUGGCCUCCGACUGGCCCGCGCAUCUGACACAGAAACUCUACAGAAAACCAGCAGGAAUCGAUCCUGAAAUAUUGUCGUCGAUGAAGAUGCAAGGUCCGAUUGGGUAUUCUCGAAAUCCGAAAACGACGAGGCGAAAUCAAGUCCCGUACGAUUUCUCGCAGAACGGCUAUUCGAAUAACAAUUCGCAUUCGAACAAGAGCCCCAAGCACGAGGAGAACGGCACGUUUAUCGCAAUACCCAAGAGGUACCGUAAAAUCGAUGUCAAAUACAACAAAUUAGGCACGGAUGAGUUUCAGUUCGAUCACUAUAACAAAACUGGUUUCUCCGGAUUGGAGGCUACGUUGCCAAAUUCCUACUGCAACAGCAUGCUACAGGUGUUGUACUACACGCUAUCUCUAAGAUCGGCGCUGCUGUCGCAUUUGUGCUCGAAAGAGUUCUGCCUGUCGUGCGAAUUGGGUUUUCUGUUCCACAUGCUGAGCACGUCGUCGCAGAACCAGCCGUGCCAGCCGGGGAAUUUCCUGCGGGCGUUCCGGACGGUGCCCGAGGCGUCGGCUCUGAGCUUGAUUCUGAGCGAUUUGCACCCCGAUGCCAAGCAGAAAAUCGAAUUGUCCGCUCUGAUUCAGAGUUGGAACAGAUUUAUCUUGCACCAAAUGCACGUGGAAUUGUCGGAGACUAAAAAGAAGGAAGACAGGAAGGUUAAUAAGCGGUUGUUUAUCUAUAAAGAGACCGAUUUUCCCAGCAUUUCCGGGGAGUUGUACAAAGACAAAAAGGCGUCAGGAGACGUAGAAAUAAAACUAGACGAUGAACAAAGAGAAGAAAUAUCGGAUAUUAGCAAACUAUUCGGCACCAAGCAAUUGCAAUUAAACAAAUGCCUUAAAUGCAACAACGAAGUAAGAAAAGAAUCCACCCUACUGGCUUGCAACCUGAAUUACCCGUCGCUCGAACUGGACAAAGACGAAUGGAGUUUCUGCGAAAUCCUAAAGAGAUCCCUCUGUCCCCAACAAACCACCCCGGCGUGGUGCGAAAACUGCUCCAAAUUCUCCCCUACGUCCCAACACCGGCUCAUACAAUCGCUUCCGAACAUCCUAUCGAUCAACACCGGCCUGCACAACACCCAACACAAGCAGUUCUGGCAAACGCAAAUGGACAAAGUCGUCGCCAAGGUAUCCAACAUGGAGGUCAACAACAGAGCCUCGACUCCCACGCCGCCCGUGCUGGGCUCGUCGAAGCCCUGCCGGUACGGCGACCAUUGCUCGAGGCCCGGCUGCCGGUUCAGGCACAGCUUCGACAACGCCGCGCCGGCCCCACCGUCGAAGAAUCCCUACUGCAGCAACAACUGGCUGCCUCACAAAGUGCAAUUGAUACUGAAGAAGGACGAAUUGGACAUCAGGAAAAUCGAAGAGGACAAAGAAAAUCCUCCCGUACCGGACGGAAGCGACGUCCAAGCGAAAAAAUACGAUCUCACAGCCGUCGUGUGCUACAUCAACGAUCAAUCGCUCGCCGAAAAACGGAAUUUGGUGGCGCUGGUGCGAGUGCCCGACGCGCACUUGAAAGACAGAGAAUGGUACCUGUUCAACGAUUUCAGCAUCAGCCCGGUAUCGUCGCACGAGGCCACGUGGUUCAGUUUGGACUGGAAAGUACCGUGCGUGUUGUACUACUCGUCGCACGCGGCGCUCGACGACGUCUCCGAAGUCAAGCAACGUUUAACCAGGGAGGUUCUUUCGGAGGACACGUCGAUAACGGGUGGGGCCAAUUCGAGGGGAUCGUCUUUCACGCCUUUGCACGAUAACGAGGUUUUGAAACCGGGCGAUUUGGUGGCGAUGGACGCGGAAUUUGUGACGUUGAAUCAGGAGGAGGCCGAGCUGAGGAGCGACGGGAAAAUGUCGACUAUAAAGCCUUCGCAGAUGUCAGUGGCGAGGAUAACGUGCAUUCGCGGGUCCGGGAAUCUGGAAGGUACGCCGUUUAUAGACGAUUACAUAUCCACGCAAGAGCAAGUCGUUGAUUAUUUAACGAAAUUUUCGGGAAUUAAACCCGGCGAUUUGGACGCGAAUUUCAGCUCGAAGCAUUUGACUACGUUGAAGUCCACUUACAAGAAGUUGAGAUAUUUGAUCGAUAUAGGGGUGAUUUUCGUCGGGCACGGUCUCAAAAACGAUUUUAGAGUUAUCAAUUUAGUGGUGCCUCCCGAGCAAGUAAUCGACACGGUGCAAUUAUUCUACCUAGCCCAUCACCGGAUGGUGUCCCUCCGGUUUCUCGCCUGGCAUUUCCUAGGUAUAAAAAUCCAAUCGGAGACUCACGAUUCCGUGGAGGACGCGCGCGCCGCCCUUCAGCUGUACAAGAAGUACAAGCAGCUCGAGGAGCAGAAUAAAGUGGGCGAGGCGUUGGCCGAGCUCUACGAAACAGGUAAAAGGUUGAACUGGAAAGUGGCGGAAGAUUAACAAAACAAAAACAUGGAUGAAAACGUCGGCUUGUGAACGGUUUCUUCGUACUGUAAAAAAUCGCGAGUUUUUUUGCGGUUGAGAAAUUGUCGCAGUCUGACUUGUAGAUAUUUACAAAAUAAAACGCAAAAAUAUAGAUAUUAGAAAAUUAGCAAAUGAUAUUAAUGUCUUGAUAGGGAAAGGUGGAAAUGC